AAGGGUAUUGUUCCAUGGUUGAAUUGUUCUUCAUUGGCAUCGCAGACAGUUGAAGUUGAAGAAGAAGAAGAAGACGCCGGCGUAUGUUGACUCUUCCUCUCUGACUGCUCUUUCUUCCUCAUCCGCUUCCGUUUGCGUGCCAACUUCCUUCAACUGUCUCUUUCACUCUCCUCUAUUCUUCUUCUUCUUCUUCAUCUCCUUCUACAAUUCAUAUCCUCUCCACAUUUCAUUCUUUUUAUUCUCUCUCUCUUCAUAUACCCACCACUCUUCCCAAUAGGAAUUUUGUUCUUUCUAUUUUGCCCUGUAUUCUCCCCAAAAUCUAAUUCUUUGGAUUCUGUGGUUUCUGCCAUUACCAUUCUUGGAUUCUGCCAUUACUAUUUUAUUAUCUUGAUCUCCAAAUCCCAUUGGAAUCUCCAGAUCUUCUUCUAAAGCUCAGAAAAAUGGGGGAUUCUUCGCAGAGGAUAGGUGGGAGAUUAGGCGAUUCAGGCGCGCUUGAGCUUACUGGGAAAGUCAUGGUGGUAGUAAUCCUAAGCAUUUUCUUUGCCGUAGCUUUUGUGAUCUUGAUCCAUAUUUACACCAGAUGGUUGGGUCGCCGCGCGCCUGACAGCAACGCGCGGCGGCGGCGGCGCCGCUUCGAUUUCGCGGGUGGGUAUCAAGAAGAGGCUCACGCCGCUGUCCUCAGCCGCGGGCUGGACCCGUCGGUGCUGAAAACAAUCCCAGUGGUGAAAUUCAAUCCCGAAGAGUUCAAAGACGGAUUGGAAUGCGCGGUUUGUCUGAGCCACGUCUCGGAAGGGGAGAAGACUCGGCUUUUGCCGAAAUGUAACCAUGGGUUUCACGUGGAUUGCAUUGAUAUGUGGUUUCAUUCCCAUUCCACUUGCCCUCUUUGCCGGAAUCCCGUUUCCAAGCCCGCAGGAGAGAGCUCGGAUUCUUUGCCUAAUUUUCCGGCGAAUGUUCUGUUUUGGGGAGAUGAAACGCGGGUUAGCACUUUGGGUCCUUGCUUGCAGGAGCCUCGGCGAGGGCCCAUUUCUGCGCAACUUCCUUCAUCGUCUUCUUCGGUAUCGUUAGCGGCGGGGAAAGAGUUGGUGAUUGAGAUUCCCAGGGAGAUUGGUGGGGAAGAGGAUGAAGAACACAAGUCUCCGAUGGUUACAAGGAUGAAGUCAUUGAAGAGGCUGUUGAGUAGGGGGAAAAGGGUGACCCCUGGUAGCCCUAGUCCUAGUAGUAAUUUAGAUGUAGAACAGGGUGGGAGAAGCCAAAGCUAGUGUGUCUGUGUGUGUUUCUUGUAUAUAGUUGUACUGGGGAUUGAGGGUGGGUGUUUUAGAGGUAUCCAUAAGUUAUGAUGUUCAUUUAUUGGUUGAUUCUUGUUGCAGAUGAAGGAAAUUGGAGCCUUGUCUCUGCAUAUUUUAUAUGUGAGAUAUCUUAAUCUCAGUAUUAUCUGGAAUGGAUUGUUGAAUCAGUAGUAACCAAGAAACAGGGUACAAGAAUGUUGUACUCUAAUAUUGUUUCUGUGAUAACAUUUUAAAUACAAGUCAUGUUAAAAUUGUUAUGUGUUAAAAGAGUUAAUUCUAGCAAUGGUACUCCGACUUUAUUGAUUUUUUAAAA